CGCUGCCAUAGGUGGCCUCAGCUGUCGAUCACCGGGUCACGGACGGAAAUUCCCUGCUGGCACCCAGCGUGUAUAAACAAUACAGAUCUCUCCCCUGUCAGCUCCUGUCUUUGUAUGCUCCAUAGCAUAAAACUGCUAUGCAGAGCCAUAUGUAUGGCUCUGCAUAGCAGAGCAGAGCAUACAAACACACACACAGCUCACUGUAAACACACACACGUAACCCUUUGAUCGCCCCACAUGUUAACCCCUUCCUGCCCAGUGCCAUUAGAACAGUUUCAGUGCUUUUUAUCAGCACUGAUCACUGCACUGGUGUCACUGAGGAUGUCAGUGACAGUUAGUCAGUUCCCCCCCAGUGUCAGAAUGCCCGCCGCAGUCCCACUGUCCCGCUAUAAGUCACUGA